CACUCACACACUGUAUCUUACUCACACACACACACAUACACAUACAUAUACAAACACACACACAUACACACACACACACACACACCAUCCGUCACUCCUGGCAGAGAGAAGACAGGACCACAGGAGAGCCGUCACACACCUCCUCUUCCAGCUACUCACCCAGCCAUCGCCAGACGCUUUGCCCAGGAUGUGGACUCUGCUCUUGGGGGUCACCUUUGGAUUAUUGGCCUCCUCCAGGUCGGAACAACCUCAAGUGAGGUCUCGGAGCUGCAGCUAUGCAGGGGUGUUCCUGGUUGAAGGGGAGAGCCGCUACUCCCUGACCUUUGAAAUGGCCCAGAAGUUGUGUGAAAACCUGAAGAGCACCCUGGCAAGUCCAGAGCAAGUUCAGGCGGCCUAUAACAGCAGCAUGGAAACCUGCAGAAUUGGCUGGAUCAACGACCAGACCACUGCUCUCCUCAGACAGGUGCAUCAUGAAAACUGUGCACAGAACCUGACGGGUCUCUUUGUCUACGUUACUUCACCUGACACAUCCUAUGAUGCCUUAUGUUAUGAUGAAAAAGCUGGAUCUGGUGAGAACUGUUCAGAACGCAUCGUGGCAGAUUCACACAUAAACUCAGAUGCACCAGACGACCAGACAACAGCCCCAACUGUUGUGGAAGCGGAGGCCACUGAGGAAGCGUAUACACCCCAACCUACGGAUUCAUCUGGUGGCGCGGGCGAUGACAUGGUUAGUGUCACGGAAUCCUCUACAGGAGAGGGAGUGAGCACGGAGGCUGAGGCUAACGGUGAGGUGAAAGCCACAGAGAGUCCUGUUGGAGGAGGUGAGCAUUAUGGUGGCAAUGAGACCAGGGAUGGGGAGUCCUCUGCCAGCCCUGAAGUGUUGGUCAAAGGCUUUGAUGAACCCACCGGAUCUGGGAUGCGGCCAACCCCCUCUGAGGAAGAGAAAGCCUCUACGGUGACCCCUGCAAGAGAGACAGAUCAAACAAUGCAGACCCCCGUUUCCCAGCCAAAGGUGGACCUGGAUUCAGGUGCUACAGGAGAUGAUCCAGCCUUAGAGCAGACUGACAAGGGGAGGGAUGCCCCUGGGAACAGAACUCCACCUACAGGACAGGAUGGCAGCGGCUCACCAAGCUGGUGGAUCGUCAUUGCAGUGAUUGUGGCUAUUGUUGCCAUUCUUCUUGUGUGUGCAGCCAUUGCCAAAAGAAACAGCUGGUGUGGUAAACAACAGACCCUGAUGAUCACGUCCAAAGACGGCGCAGAGGGCAACGGCGCAGCAUCGUCAGUCGCAAGCUCCCGUGCACAAGAGAGGGAGCAGGAAAUGGUGACCCUCAUGAACAAGGAGAAGAUCCAGGAGAACGGCAACACAGAGGAGUUCACCGUCAUCACACUAGAGGAGUCGCCAGAUAAAGAACAGCUGGCAUGAAACAGGAGUGUGUAAGGGCGGGGAUGGCAGGGGAGGUGAGGAUAGGAGAGACAGAGUGAGGGGUUGUUUGGGAGAGUGGACGGGUGGGGGUUGGGGCUUAGAAACAAUGGGUUGCAAAAAUUGAUUCGGUGGCUAUGGUGUUAAAUGGACACUGAAAAGGCAACAGAGUAUAGGCUGAUGCUUUCGAAGAGAGUGCUAAUGUGUGUUUUAUGUAGAUUAGGAUGGAGAUUUGUCUCGCCACGUACCCAGGUACUGUGCAAGGUGUGGAGCCGCUGACUGACUGUCGGUGGGAUCGGGUCUUUCAAACCAACAUGUGCAGGAAUUUGUUGUGUAUAUACUCGCCAGGUUAGCUGGGAUUGAUUGGCCCUUCAGAGAGCCAUGCAUGAAGGAGAGUCAUGCAUGUAGGUGUGGCAGGGUGUGUGAAUGUGCUUUGUGUAAUUUUUUAAUGUUUGUAUGGUUGUUUGCUCUGAUGAAGAAGAGGGUGGAUGAAGGCAUAAAGGGAGGGGGGAGAUGGGCAGGUCUUGGUGCUCUGAGCCAGAGGGGCCGCAGGGGUAAAGGACACAUUGAUUCCAACUGAUUUAUUUUGGAAAUUUCUGGAACCCUGAAUUCUGGGUCAUAGCAGACUGAGAGAUUAAACAAAUGGGGGGACAAUCUCAAAAUCAAAUAUUAAUAAGACGACCGAAUAUUCAUGGGCUGUUUUAUUUCAAAUACUGCAUAUGGGAGGAAAAAAAAAAACCUUGGUGUUUUCUGUGUUUUCCUGUGCUUUUUGUUAUGUUUUAUUUUGUUUGCUUACUGUUGUAACCUUGUGUAUAUUUCAUUCAUUGCCUGUGGACUGAAGUUUGGUUUUCCAUUUCCAAGAAAACUCGAGAUGUCACUAUCUUAAUUUAAUGCAGCUUUGAUUCCCUUUUUUCUCGGUCUCUGUAUAUAAAGUAUAUGUUUUGAAAAUGCCUUAGCAAUAGCUUUUUUGGGGUGAGGAGGGGCUAUAUUUGUGCCUGCUCUGAGUAAAAGAAUGUGUCAUAUUUGAGAGUUAUUUAAUUAGAUACAGCACCGGUAAGGUGAAUUGUGAAUGGAUUUUGCAAUAGUCAAAGUGGAGUGGAUACUGUAUAAAUCAACUUGGUGUAUAGCAUACAAAACUGUGGAAUUUAAGCAUCAUUAUAUGACAUUAAUUAACAUGGUUUGUCCAAAUAUGGUUAUAGAGUUGGGAAUAUGAUGAUAUAGUAUGUCAAAACGUUGCAAUGUAUGACAGACAGGAUCGUCCUGUCAGUCAUGACUUCAAUGACGUCAUCCUGAGGAGAAGCAGAAUGACUAUGGAAAGCCUCUAAAAGCAUAUUAGUGAUUAUUUGAAUGUGACAAUUAAGCUCAAUCCUGACAAGAGAGUGGCAGCACUUUACCCUCAACUGCUCAUUAUCACGGCACACAUGACAAUAGGGGCCUUUGUGUAUUGAACACAUAGGUAUGUGAGAGGUUUCUUUGCACAAAAGAGGCUGCAACCAUUUUCUCUGUGUGCUUCAGUGGGGGCGUGAUGAAUGUCAUCCUAUACAUUCACAUAUGAAGGCUACAACAUGCUACAGAUUUUCUACUGACCUUCUCAUUGUUGAAAUAUCCAUGAACCACAUCAAUAUUCCCUGUGACAGCUGAUUUAUCUAAAAAUUUCACUUUACAGGUUUUCCAGUGCAAAGCCAAGUUAUAUACAGUGAUUGCCAGCUGAUUUAUCCUUAUUUUUGCCUUCUACCAUCUUUCCUGCUUUUGCUCUCAUAUGUUUCAUUUUGAGGACAAGUAGCAAUGUAUUAGAAUAGGCGAGUGUAAUGACAAAUUAACAACAGAUGUUGCUGAAAAGAUUUGUAAAGUCAUGAAUGAAAUAAAUGUGUAUAGAAGAG